ACGGCGUUCGCACCGUAGAAACAUCACAUUACACUUUUCUUCUCUGCCUCUACUGCGAUUUUCACUCGCCGCCGUGACCACGCCGCGCUCCGCCGCUGACCGCGCCGGAGUCUAGGUUCGCCUAGUCGUGCCUCAAUAUUCUUGCCUCUGUUGCUAUCUCUGUCACCUCUUAGAGCUGGAUCCUAAUUUUGGAAAUAUGGAAUUGAAUCCUUACUUUGGAUGCUGAAGAACAGUUAUGGAGCAUUGCCUUGGUUUUGGAAGAAAAGAAGCAGCAAUGAAAGUAGUGGUGAUAUGGCUGAUAGUUUUCAGAUUCUCUGUAGUGUACUCAUCAUCGUCUUCGUCGUCCGAGACAAUGAUGCAUACUAAUAAUUGGGCUGUUUUGGUCUGCACAUCUCGCUUCUGGUUUAAUUAUCGGCAUAUGGCCAACACAUUGUCAUUGUAUAGGACAGUUAAGCGGUUAGGAAUACCUGAUGAGAGGAUUAUACUCAUGCUCGCAGAUGAUAUGGCAUGUAAUACAAGAAACAAGUAUCCGGCCCAAGUUUUUAAUAAUGAAAACCAUAAACUUAACCUGUAUGGCGAUAAUGUGGAGGUAGAUUAUCGUGGCUAUGAAGUGACUGUGGAAAACUUUCUACGGGUACUAACUGGUCGUCAUGAGACUGCAGUUCCAAGGUCCAAACGACUUCUUAGUGAUGAAGGAAGUCAUAUCCUUCUGUAUAUGACUGGGCAUGGAGGUGAUGAGUUUUUGAAGUUUCAGGAUUCGGAAGAGCUUCAAAGUCAUGAUUUAGCUGAUGCUGUGAAGCAAAUGAAAGAGAAGCGCAGGUUUAAAGAGCUGCUGAUAAUGGUGGACACCUGCCAAGCCUCGACACUGUUUUCACAGCUUCAAUCCCCAGGUGUUUUGACAAUUGGAAGUAGCAUGAAAGGAGAGAAUUCUUAUUCACAUCACUUGGAUUCAGAUGUUGGUGUUUCAGUUGUUGAUCGUUUUACAUUCUACACUCUUGCCUUCUUUGAGAGGCUGAAUAUGUAUGACAAUGCUUCAUUGAGCAGUCUUUUCAAUUCAUAUAAUCCAAAUUUGUUGAUGUCAACUGCAUAUUAUAGAAUGGACCUCUACCAGCGCCAUUUAGAGGAGGUACCCGUAACAAACUUCUUUGGCUCUGUAAUGGAAACCAUACACACUGAUUCAGCCUACAGCUCCAUGUCGAUUAAAAAAUUAGGGGGCGCUAAAACUAAAUUGUCUUUGGAUCAAACAAUCUCCAAUAAUGACAGAAGAAUUUGGAGAAACUCUGAUGAGGAUCAAUUUGAUAAAUCAAGUGCAGAGGAACAUCUUCAGGAUACUAUUCUCAGCAAUGUGAAUACUUUUGAAAGCGUUGAUGCUUUUGUGCACUAUGGCCUGCUUUUAAUGCUUCCUUUGUUGGUAGUUUCCUCGUGGCUAUCACAUAGCAAAUGAUUGCAGCAAUGCAAUUAGGUUAGUAUGCAGAGCAGAGAAGUUUCUUUGACGUCACAUUUUGUGGUUGCUUGCAAUGCAAUUUCACACGAAAACAUACAGUAUUCUGUUAGCAACUGCUUUUGCCUUCUUGGUGCAGGUUUUCCCUUGGUUCUUUCAGUUCUGAUAAUGAAUAAUUUCCAUGAAAUUGAAAUCACUGCACUGGACAUCAUCUAAGGAUUUUUUUUGUUAUAUUUACAACUUUAGUGCCAUAUUUUUAAUUAUUA